AUGAAUAAUCUAUUUGAUAAUACAGAAAAAUCAAUUAAAAUUAAUAAUAAUAAAUUAGAAGAAUUACAAAUAAAAAAUGUACUUAAUCCAUUCAAUCAAGAAUUUAUCGAUGAACAAUAUGCAAAAGAAUUGGGAAUUAUUGUGAAUGGAUACUAUCGAAACUGUUAUGGUGGAUUAAUUCCAUUACAUAUCGCAGCAAGAAAAGGUUUUAUUAAAUUCGUAUUAAAUGAUCGAAUUGUAAUUGAAUAUCGUUCAAAACAAUAUUCAAUUAUAUCGAAUCUAACUAUUCAUCAAGUGUAUGAUAAUAUUCAACAAUGUAUGAUUUCAUGUCAACAAGCAAUCGAUAAGGGUUAUCUUAAUCUAGAAUUAUUUCUAUAUACAAAUUUAAAUCUAUCUAUGGAAAUACAUGAAGCAUUUUAUCGUGGAUUAAUUAUCGGAGAUUUACAAACGAAUGUCACUCAACCAAAACCAAUUAUUUCUAUAAAUGAAAAACGAGAUUUUGAAUAUGAAAAUUUAUUUUCAUCAUUAACAAAUAUUAUUAAUAGUUUAAGUGAAUUUCGUAAUACAAUAAAUAUUAAUGAUGAAUGCGAAUUAACAUCAGAUGGAUUUAUUAAACAGAAAAAAACAGGAAAAUGUUAUUUAUUAACACAAGCUAUAGAAUCUGGUCUCGUUUCAAUUAAAGAUACAUCGAUAAAAAAUCAAACGCAUCAGUCAAAAAAUGGCUUACAAAACAUCCUAUCGGCAAGUUAUUUAAUUUUCAUUGGACAAUCUAAUCGAGAUUCUUUAGAAAUUUCAUUAACGUCUGAAUCUACACUUGUCAAUAAUACAAUGUCAUCGACUAUGAAUACAACUUCUGAUGAAGAUGGAAUUAAUCCAUAUUUUUCGGAUACGUUUAUGUUCGAUUUAUUAAAACCAACUGCUAGUUCAGUCGAUGAAAUAGAAAAUACUGAAAUUUAUCCUACAAAUACGAAACGAUUGUUACCUUCAAUAAAUACUUGCUAA